AUGUCGCACAGAGGCGAGACUUUGCACAAGGAUGUCUGCUGUAUUGCAGACCUGAAGGAGAUGGGGAGCAAGCGACUUGCGCCCAUGGUCCGAGACUACUACAAUGAAGGUGCAAUGGACUUGCUCUCGCUGAAAGAGAACGAAACAGCCUUCGAUCGCUACCGCAUCCGACCACGCGUCCUGAGGAACGUGGAGAGUAUCGACACCUGCACAGAGAUUUUUGGCAGCAGGGUAUCACUUCCAUUUGGAUUCAGCCCAACAGCUUCCCAUAAACUCGCACAUGCUGACGGAGAAUUGGCGACGGCACGUGCAGCCUCAAAGUACAAAAUUUGCAUGGGUCUGUCGUCGUACGCGUCAUACUCGCUGGAGGACGUAGCCGCGCAGGGCAUGGGAAACCCCUUUGUGAUGCAGAUGUGUGUGUUGAAAGAUCGGUCUAUCACAGUUCAGUUACUUGAAAGGGCGGAGAAGGCUGGAUACAAAGCUUUGCUCCUGUCCGUCGACGUCCCUGUCCUGGGAAAACGAUUGAACGAAUAUCGCCAUGGAUUCCGCAUUCCAGAGGAUAUGGCAUACCCAAACAUUCUCAGCGGUGGUGGUGAUACCUCGGAUAGAACGAACUACGACCCAAGUCUCGACUGGGAUUCGGCAAUCCCAUGGCUCAGAAAACACACUUCGCUCCAGAUUUGGUUGAAGGGAGGUGAGUACUUUUGUGUUCCCCCUGAAGAUGUCGAAUUAGCCAUCCAGCAUGGCAUCGACGGAGUGGUCGUUUCCAACCAUGGCGGUCGCCAGCUAGACGGCGCCCCAUCAACACUUGAUGCGCUAAGGAUCUGUGCACCGGUCGCCAAAGGGCGUAUCCCAAUUACCAUAGAUGGUGGUAUUCGCCGGGGUUCGGAUCUCUUCAAGGCUAUCGCGCUAGGCGCAGAUUAUUGCUUUCUUGGGAGAAUCCCUAUUUGGGGACUGGCUUAUGACGGCCAAGACGGGGUGGAAUUGGCUAUUCGGAUACUGCGCCAAGAGUUGAUGAUCACAAUGGCGCUGGCCGGGUGCCGGACUAUUAGUGAAAUUCAGAGCUCCUAUCUGUCAAUCAUGCAGCCGGACGGAAUCCUAGCGAAGUUGUAA